AUGGUGUUUUCACUGGCUGCGUUGGCCACCAUCGCCAUCAUAGUGGCCGCUGCGCCGGCGGUGAACACCGACCUCUCCCGCUUCGCUCUAACAGAUACCGGCUCCAUCGGGGGAGGAAAUACGUUCCCUGGUGUUUCGCGCCCCUUUGGCAUCGUCAAGCUCGGCCCGGACCUCUACUCCGGCACCGAUGCCUACUCGGGCUAUCUUGCCAAGGGCAAUGUGACCGGGUUCUCGAUGCUUCAUGAGAGCGGCACCGGCGGCGCUCCCAAGUACGGCGUGGUGUCGCAGAUGCCCGUGCUGGGCGAGAUUGAGAACCCCCUGGUCCAAGAGACCAACGAUACCCGCGCCGAGCCGGACCUCACCAAGGUCGGGUACUACAGAGCAAAGCUCGGGUCGGGUACCACGGUUGAGCUUGCCGCCGCUGACAAGGCAGGCUUGCUGCAGUACACGUUUCCAAAGACUGACAAGCCGUUAAAUGUCUGGGUUGACGUCUCUCACGUGCUGUCGUCAUAUCGCGGACAAGGCCUCGGCCAGCACUACCUCGGCGGAAACAUCUCGGUCCUGGACGAGCCCGACAAGCCGGGUUUCCUGUACUACACUGGCUCGGGCAAAUACGACAACGGAUGGAAUAGAGCGGCCGCGUGGACGGUGUACUUUUGCGGCCACUUUGACGCGCCAGCCACCUAUAAAAUCUUUCGCAGCCCUCAUGAUAACAAGGGCAAGAAUACUAAACGUGAAGACACGGCCCAGGCGCCUCGCGUCGGCGCCCUCUUCCGAUUCAACCAGACCUCGGUAGUGUCUCGGGUCGGCGUCUCCUUCGUCUCGACGCAGCAAGCUUGCGAUAACGCGGCCAGAGAAAUCCCUCGCGGCUCCAAGAUUGAGGACGUAAGGGCUGAAACACGGCAGGUGUGGGAUCGACAAGUGUUUAGCAAGGUGACCACGACGGACACAAACACCACCAAGCUCAACCAACUAUACACCGCGCUGUACUUUAUGCAUCUCCUGCCGCAGAACAAGACUGGCGAGAAUCCUCUGUGGACAUCCGACGAACCGUAUUAUGACGACAUCUUUACAUUUUGGGAUCUUUAUCGUUGCACGACCAGCCUACUCCACGUUCUGCAACCCACGGCCUACGAGGAGCUCCUCCGGUCCAUGGUGGACGUCUGGCAGCACGUCGGCUGGGUCUCGGACGCGCGGUCGUCCUUCUCCAACGGCGCCGUCCAGGGCGGCUCCAACUCGGACAACGUCUUCGCCGACGCCUACGUCAAGGGCGUGCGCGGCCGCGUCGACUGGGACGCGGCCUUCGCCUCCAUGGUCAAGAACGCCGAGGUGGUGCCCCCGAACAACAACGAUUCCCGGGAUCCCACGGGGUCCACGCGCGAGGGCCGCAGCGCGCUGCCGGACUGGCUCGAGUACGGCUACAUCACGCCCGAGUUUUCGAGAUCCGUCAGCCGAGCCGUGGAAUACGCCGUCAACGACUUCUCGCUCGCCACCGUCGCCGCCGGCCUCGGCAAGGACGCCGAGUUCGCCCGCUACUUCAACCGCUCCCGCCACUGGCGCAACCACUGGAACCCCAACAUGACCGCGCACGGCUUCGCCGGCUUCCUCGGCCCGCGGGACGCGCACGGCGCCUUCCUCCCGCAGGACCCCGUCUCCUGCGGCGGCUGCUACUGGCGCGACCGCUACUACCAGGCGUUGCCCUGGGAGUACUCCUUCAACGCGCAUCAUGACCUGGCCGCGCUAAUGGACCUCUGCGGCGGCCGCGACGUCUUCGUGCGCCGCCUCGACAGGACGUUCGAGCCGGGCGUCUUCGCGGGCAACGAGGCCUUCGGCCACACGCUGUUCAACCCGGGCAACGAGCCGAGCUUCGCCACGCCGUACCUGUACCACUUUGCGCGCCGGCCGGACCUCGCGGUCGCGCGUAGUCGGUAUGUGGCCAAGGCGUACUACCGCCCGACGCCGGACGGGCUGCCGGGGAACAGCGACGCAGGCGCGAUGGAGUCCUGGCUGCUGUGGAACAUGCUGGGGCUGUACCCGAUGACGGGGCAGCCGAUCUUCCUGGUCGGCUCGCCCUGGUUCGCCGACCUAACGGUCGCGCUCGGCGGUGGCAAGACGCUCCGGGUCAUGACGGAGGGCGGCACCGAGGGGAUCUACCAUGUCCGGUCGCUCAAGGUCAACGGGAAGCAGUGGGAUAGGAGCUGGCUGAGCUGGUAUGACAUCUUUGACCAGGGCGGCACGCUCGAGUUCGUGCUUGGCGCCGAGCCGGCGACCUGGGCGACUGGCGACCUGCCCCCGAGCCCGGGAAGCAUGGCUCCGGAGGAGGCCAAGACUCUUUUGAGGAAGCAAUUGUCCAGCAAAGAGGCGUGA